AUGGAUGUUCCAGACCCAAGUGUAGUACUGAGCCUUCCUCCGGGUAUUGCUGCUUACCUGCGGGGCCUGAAUGGUACUUACAUCACGGCAUCGGUUGUGCUAAGCACGCGGGGCAGCACGCGGGGCAGUACCCAGAGCAGUACCCGGAGCAGUACCCUGAGCAGCACGCAGAGCAGUACCCCGAGCAGCUCACGGAGCAGUACCCGGAGCAGCUCGCGGAGCAGUACCAAGAGCGGAGCAGCACGCGGAGCAGUACCCGGGGCAGCACCCGGAGCAGUACCCGGAGCAGCACCCGGAGCAGUACCCGGAGAGGAGGAGCAGCACGCGGAGCAGUACCCGGAGCAGCACCUGGAGCAGCACCCGCAGCAGCACGCGGAGCAGCACGCGGGGCAGCACGCGGAGCAGUACCCGGAGCAGCACCCGGAGCAGUACCCGGAGCAGCACGCGGAGCAGUACCCGGAGCAGCACCCGGAGCAGUACCCGGAGCAGCACUACCCGGAGCAGCUCGCGGAGCAGUACCCGGAGCAGUACCCGGAGCAGCACGCAGAGCAGUACCCCGAGCAGCUCACGGAGCAGCACCCGCAGCAGCAUGCGGAGCAGCAUGCGGAGCAGCACGCGGGGCAGCACGCGGGGCAGUACCCAGAGCAGUACCCGGAGCAGUACCCGGAGCAGUACCCGGAGCAGCACGCGGAGCAGUACCCCGAGCAGCUCGCGGAGCAGUACCCGGAGCAGUACCCGGAGCAGCACCCAGAGCAGUACCCGGAGCAGUACCCGGAGCAGUACCCGGAGCAGUACCCGGAGCAGCACCCGGAGCAGUACCCGGAGCAGCACCCGGAGCAGUACCCGGAGCGGAGCAGCAUGCGGAGCAGCACCCGGAGCAGCACGCGGAGCAGCAUGCGGAGAAGCACGCGGAGGACCCUGUUUGCCCUACAGGACUGA